AUGGCUUCCGCUGCCUUAUCCAAGAAAAUAUGGUUCAUCACUGGCGCGUCCUCGGGUCUCGGCCUCAACAUGGCCCUAAGCGCCCUCCGUGCUGGUCAUCGUGUCAUUGGCACGGGGCGGAAUAUUGAAAAGGCUUCUUCUGAGCACCCAGAAUUCGCCAAACUUGGCGGCCAAUGGCUCCAGCUGGACGUUGCCCAGCCCGAUGCUGAGCAAACCAUCCGACGACUAGUCGCUCAAGAAGAGCAGCGACUCGGCAAGGAGAAGGAGUCGGCCCAUUGGGUUGUUGUGAACAACGCUGGAAGCACUUUGAUCGGAGCGGUGGAAAAUAUGAGCGAUAGUCAAAUCCAGCAGUACCUGCAAGCUAAUCUGCUGGGUGUCAUCCGCGUGUGGAAAGCUUUGCUACCGACUCUACGUCGCAACAGAACCGGAACCCUCAUCAGCAUAUCAUCCAUCUUUGGCUUCGCCCCCCGGCCAGAGCAAAUGAUCUACAGCGCUGCAAAGGCGACAACUGAGUCUCUGACCGAGUCAUAUGCUACUCUGCUAGAGCCACAUGGCAUCAGGACUAUGAUUAUUGAGCCUGGAGGGUUUAGAACUCCUUUCCCGGGCAACAACUCCAAGGCAGAUGGCGGCGUUUCAGAAGACUACAAGCAGCCAAUCCAAGCUUGGAUAGAUUUUAUUGGCGAGGCGUCGAAAGACUUGACUCUUGUGAAUGGAGAUCCAGCCAAGUUUGGCGACAGGGUAGUUGAUGCUGUUGAGAACCGGGGCCUUUUUGAGAGCAUAUGGGCCCAGCAUGACAGAAGCAAGGCCCUGAGAGUCCAACUGGGGUCAGAUUGUUAUGGACUAUAUGGACAGACGCUUAGCGACUUGCAGAAAGGGUAUGAGAAGAUGGCUGAAGUGGCAAAGUCGACGGAUGUAUGA